AUGCGCCCAAAAAAAUGUAGGUGGCAGGCAGAGACUGACCGCAGCAAAAACAUCCAGUUUGGCGUCAUGUCGCAGGCAGAAAUUAUGAACCUCGCCGAAUUAGAGGUGGUGACGAGGGAUAUUUACGACCUGCCAAACAGACAGCCGCGUGUUGGGGGCGUGCUGGAUCGGCGCAUGGGUGUGAGCGACAAAGUGAGCACAUGCGAGACAUGUGGACUGCACAUGGCCGACUGUGUGGGCCACUAUGGCUACAUCAAGCUCGUGCUCCCUGUGUUCCAUAUUGGUUUUUUUAAGCAUGUCAUCAGUAUCCUCCAGAUGGUAUGCAAGUCCUGCUCUGGGAUUCUCUUGGAGGAAAGCGACCGGCGCCGUUUCCUAAAGCGUUUCCGCCGCCCUCAUUUGGAGAAUUUGCAGCGCACGCAGACAUUCAAGGCGGUGAAUGCGGUCGCACGUAAAAUGCUAUACUGCCCACACUGCGGCGCGACGAACGGCACUGUAAAAAAGGUCGGUGCGCUCAAGAUCGUCCACGAGAAAUUUCGCCAGAAAAAGACGGAAGAGGAGCAGCUCGAAUUCCGCAAAACAUUUGCCACAGCGGUAAAGUUGAGUGGCGGCGAGCUGGCGACGUACUUGAGCAAGGCGCAAGAGGACUUGAAUCCACUUCGCGUCCUGGAUCUGUUUAAGCGAAUAAGCGAUGAAGACUGCGAACUGCUCGGGCUCCAGCCAAAGUUUGGGCGUCCGGAAGAGUAUAUCUGGCAGUAUAUUUGUGUGCCGCCCGUCUGUAUUCGUCCAAGCGUUGCACAGGAUGGCGCGACGAAUGAGGACGACCUCACCGUAAAGCUUACCGAGAUUGUUUUCACAAACAAUAUUAUCAAGUCGGGGCUGUCCACAGGAAACAAAGGAACCACCACGGCGCAGCUCGUUGAGCAAUGGGACUUUUUGCAGCUGAGUGUUGCGAUGUACAUCAAUUCCGAGAUGCCGGGCGUGCCGCCCAUGAGCGGGCACAAGCCUAUUCGUGGCUUUUGCCAACGCCUCAAAGGCAAGCAAGGCCGCUUCCGCGGCAACCUGUCGGGCAAGCGCGUCGACUUCUCAGGGCGCACCGUCAUCUCCCCCGACCCCAACUUGGCGAUCGACGAGCUUGCCGUGCCCGAACGUGUCGCCAAGACGCUGACGUACCCGGAGCGCGUAUUUGCACACAAUAUCGAGGCCAUGCGCCAAGCAGUACGUAACGGCACAGACGCACAUCCCGGCGCAAACUAUCACAUCAACGGCCGUGACGGAUUUAAGCGGUUUCUCAAGUUUCCCGGCAUGCGAGAGGACAUUGCUACCAACCUGCGUGUCGGCGAUAUUGUCGAGCGGCACAUCCGCGACGGGGACAUUGUCCUCUUCAACCGGCAGCCGAGCCUGCACAAACUCUCGAUCAUGUGUCAUCGCGUCAAAGUUCGGCCGUGGCGCACCUUCCGAUUAAACGAGUGCGUGUGCAAUCCAUACAAUGCCGACUUUGAUGGCGACGAGAUGAACAUGCAUGUGCCCCAAACAGAGGAAGCCAGGACCGAGGCGUUGACGCUCAUGGGCGUGAAACACAACCUUGUCACUCCACGCAAUGGCGAACCGAUCAUUGCAGCGAUCCAGGACUUUAUCACCGCAUCGUACCUGCUCUCGCGCAAAGACCGCCUCUUUACGCGCGCACAGUUUUCCCAGGUGUGUUCCUACUUUGACGAUGGUGCGCUUCGCAUCGAAUUACCGCCACCCGCGAUCCAAAAACCGAUACGCCUUUGGACUGGCAAGCAGCUCUUUAGCGUGCUCAUCCGGCCUAACAGCGAUUCAAAUGUGCUGGUCAACCUAGCGUCUCGGUGCCGCACAUUUGAGAAGCCGCCUGCAGGACACUGUAAGGAAAUGUCGCUAAACGACGGCUACCUGGUCAUUCAAAACAGCGAGGUGAUCUGUGGUGUAAUGGACAAGGCGACAGUAGGCGACGGAAACAAGCAUUCGCUUUUUGGAGUGAUCCUACGUGACUAUGGUCCCGACGCUACCAUCACAGCAAUGAACCGCCUGUCCAAGAUGUGUUCGCGCUGGCUCUCCAACCAGGGCUUUUCGCUGGGAAUCAAUGAUGUGACGCCCGGUGUCCAGCUGCGCAAAACCAAGGACCACAAUGUCGAAAUUGCUUACCGUCAAUGCAGCGAGUUGAUCGACUUGGCCAAGCGCGGCAAGCUGGAAAACUUGCCGGGCUGCAACCAGGAACAGACUUUGGAAAGCAAGAUUUCGGGUGUACUCUCCGGAGUGCGCGGAGACGUGGGCGAUAUCUGUAUGACGGAGCUGAGCCCGCACAACUCCGCAUUGCUUAUGGCAAUCUGCGGCUCGAAAGGGUCCAAGAUCAAUGUCGCGCAAAUGGUCGCAUGUGUAGGACAGCAAAUCAUCUCUGGCUCGCGUGUGCCAAACGGCUUUCAGGACCGCUCGCUGCCACACUUUCCAAAAAAGUCCAAGGACGCACCGUCCAAAGGCUUUGUGCGGAACAGCUUUUUCAGCGGCCUCGAGCCCACCGAAUUCCUUUUUCAUGCGAUUAGUGGCCGUGAAGGACUCGUUGACACGGCGGUGAAAACAGCCGAGACGGGGUACAUGCAGCGUCGCUUGAUGAAAGCACUGGAAGAUUUGUCGACACAUUACGACUUUUCCGUGCGGAACUCGGUCGGUGGCAUUGUCCAGUUUUUGUACGGCGAUGACGGUCUCGAUCCUGCCGAGCUAGAAGGCAAUGCACUUCCUGUCGAGUACAAUCGCACGUUUAAGCAUGCCGCAUCGAAGGUGGCCCAUAUUCCCAGCCGGAUGCUCUUGCCGUACGAGAUUAUUGAGCUUGUGGACAGCACACUAGCGCAUGAGCGGUUCUGUCGCGAAUGUACGGCGAAAUACAUCGAGCAAGUACGUGAGUUCUGCCAUGAGACGGUUGCAAAGCAUGUCGCAAAUACCCGGGAAGCCUAUGGCAUGUAUCCUGCACUAGAACGCAGCAGCACAGAGGAUUUGUCGCGAGGCGCAGAUGCGGCGCAAUUGGCCAUUGUAGACAACAAAGCCCGCGUCACGAAACCAAUCAUGGACGAGUUCUUGCAGCAAUGCUGGGAAAAGUACAUGAAGGCCAAAAUUGAGCCUGGCUCGGCGGUUGGCGCUGUCGGCGCGCAGUCGAUCGGCGAGCCUGGCACGCAAAUGACGCUUAAAACCUUUCAUUUUGCAGGUGUGGCGAGCAUGAAUGUGACGCUCGGUGUGCCGCGCAUCAAAGAGAUUAUUAAUGCGGCCAAGAUGAUCAAUACGCCCAUCAUUGCGGCCAAACUCGUCAGCGAAAAUAGCGAGCGAGCGGCGCGAAUUGUCAAGGGGCGUAUUGAGAAGACCUUCUUGGGCGAUAUUGCGUCGGUGAUUGAGGAGGCGUGGGCCAGCACGUAUACGUAUCUUGGCAUCCACAUUGACAUGGACGCAAUCCAGCGUCUCCAGCUGGAAGUGACGCUCGACGAUAUCAAGCGUGCGAUUGUCGCCAUGCCAAGGCUGAAAAUCAAAGAGGAGCGUGUCACAGUACUGCCACACAAGGACCGUCUCCGCAUCUAUAUUCACUCCGACGAGAAGGAGAAAGAUGUAUACUAUACCAUGAAGAUUUUGAAGCGGCUUCUGCCCAAGGUCGUGAUUAAGGGUAUUCAAAGCGCUUCGCGUGCGGUCAUUAGCGACGAGAAAGGCGAGCGCAAGCUGCUUGUCGAGGGGUACGGACUGCGAGAAGUGAUGACCACGGAAGGUGUUGUGGGUAUACAAACGCAAACGAACCAUAUUAUGGAGAUGCAGCAGGUGCUCGGCAUUGAGGCAGCGCGAAACUCGAUUUAUCGCGAGAUUGACUAUACGAUGGCGAGUCACGGCAUGUCGAUUGAUCCUCGUCACGUUAUGCUGCUUGCCGAUGUAAUGACGUACAAAGGAGAGGUGCUGGGUAUUACGCGAUUUGGUGUUGCAAAGAUGAAGGAUUCCGUGCUGAUGCUCGCCUCGUUUGAAAAGACGACAGACCAUUUGUUCGACGCUGCGCUCUAUGGGAAGUCGGAUUCGAUUGCGGGCGUGAGUGAAAGUAUUAUUAUGGGUAACCCUGCCCAGACUGUGGGCACUGGCAUGCCUGCUUUAAUCACACCGCGUCCCACGCUGCCCACGCCGAGGGCUUUGGUGUUUGAUGCGUAG